AUGAUCGAGGAACACGACGAAGGUGAAACAAUAUGCGACUCAGUGAAUUCGUUGGUGGAAGGCUGUCGUUUACCGGUCAGAAUGCAUGGUACGGAUGAUUGGCCUCUAGCUGAAAUCAUCAGUGUUAAAGAUGUACACGGUGUCAAGUGUUAUUAUGUUCACUAUGUAGAUUUCAAUAAACGAUUAGAUGAAUGGGUUACGGAAGAUUGUUUGGACACUAGGAAAGUCCAAUAUCCCAGAAAAGAUGGAACCACACCAGGUACUGGUGCAGCAACCCCAAAAAAGCAAGCACCCAGUAGACCUCCUAGCCCUAGCAGUCUUAGCAAUGAACCGGUCAAUGGUUCUGCGGUAUUACAAGCGGCGUUACAAAAGAAAAUGUGUAGGAAAAGAAAGUUAACGUUCAUAGAAAAUGAAGAUUCUCAGGAUGGACCUCCACAGACACCUGGUCCAAGGCCAACCGGUUCACUGGUCGCACAUCAUCACGAUGACAUUGUGACUAGGAUGAAAAAUGUCGAAUUGAUAGAAUUAGGUCGUCACAGAAUAAGACCCUGGUAUUUCAGUCCGUAUCCACAAGAAAUGGUGAACCUGCCAUGUAUAUAUAUUUGUGAAUUCUGCCUAAAAUACAGAAAGAGUCGAAAGUGUUUGGAGAGGCACCUUAUCAAGUGCAAUUUGCGACAUCCUCCUGGCAACGAGAUUUAUAGGAAAGGAUCGAUAUCGUUUUUUGAGAUUGACGGCCGGAAAAACAAGAAUUACGCACAAAAUCUUUGCCUAUUGGCGAAAUUGUUCUUAGAUCACAAGACCCUUUACUACGAUACGGACCCGUUUUUAUUCUAUGUGAUGACAGAUUUUGACAGCAGAGGGUUUCACAUAGUCGGUUACUUUUCGAAGGAAAAGGAAUCGACGGAGGAUCACAAUGUCGCAUGUAUACUCACACUGCCACCCUAUCAAAGGAGGGGUUACGGGAAACUGUUGAUAGAAUUCUCGUACGAACUCUCGAAAUUCGAGGGCAAAACAGGUUCCCCCGAGAAGCCAUUGUCCGAUCUAGGAUUGCUAUCAUAUCGAAGUUACUGGGCGCACACGAUAUUGGACAUUCUGUUGAACAUAAAGCCUCUAGUGGAGAAUGAGAAACCGCAGAUCACGAUCAAUGAAAUUUGCGAGCUCACGUCGAUAAAGAAAGAAGACGUGAUAUCGACGUUACAGAACUUGAAUCUCAUUAAUUACUACAAAGGACAAUAUAUUGUUACGUUGAAUAGGGAGAUUAUCGAGCAACACGCGGCCGCAAUGGAAAAGAGGCAGAUCAGAAUAGAUCCUAAGUGUCUGCAUUGGACACCGAAAGACUGGAGUGUUAGGGCAAAAUGGUGAAGUGACUGUAAAGUUUGACAAUAAGACGAUGCUAAUCUGUCUUGAAAUUAUUUUCAGGAACCCAGGAAGUGACUGCGCAUGAUUUUCUAGCGAGUGUACAAAAGACUUCUGUACAUAAUAUUUUCGACCGUAACGGGUCUAGCGUUUUAAUAAGACUGUGUCAGGCUUUGCAUGCGAUUGCAAUGGUCUUACGAAGAGUAAACAAAAAAAAAGAACAGAAACAAGAAAAAAAUGACGAAAAAAAAACAAGAGAGAUUAUAAUGAAACACAACGGAUCACGAAUAAAAAGCACGCGUAUCUCGGUUUACGCAACGCAUCGAUAGAAACCGUGAUUAGCGAUCUUUUACGCGAAAAGAGAAAAAAAAACGUGUGUCCGUAUUUACGCUUGGUUUUUUGACGAUUAGUGUCGGACAGCGACGUUUUAAUAAUGGUGGCUAGGAAUUUUUUAAAACGGAACUAAACGCAUACGUAUUUGCGAU